AUGGAAAUUGUACUGAUUUUAUAUCAAAAGUUGAGGCAAAUAUUGUAUAAUCAUAAAUGUAUAAUUUGGUUGGUAACCGAGGAAGAAAGCCCAUUAACAUUUUCAGUACAAAUUUUGGCUGAUUAUUGUGUUUUAUUUGAUGCUGUAUUAAAUCAAGUAGCUUUUGCACCAAGAGUGGCAAAGUCUAAAGAUAUGGAAUGGAUUGAAUGUUGGAAGGAGGGAUAA